CGUGAUCCCAAUGAUAACAAGAAACCUCUCUCCUCUCUCGUCUUCCUCUCGCAGUCCUUUUCAGUCAUGGCCAUAACCGUAUACGACGCCUGCACGGCGAGGAAAAAAUCCCCCAAAUUCCUCAUUAUUAACGACUUUGCCAUCCCUUCUUCCCCCUUCGUAAACCUCUCCGCGACUUUCCGCGACAACAUCAGAUCGUUUCUCCGCGAAUACGCCGAGAAGGAAGAUUACACCGUCGACGGCAACACCGUCUCCUGUAUUUUCCUUGCCAGCGAAGCAACCGGCGUCGUUUUCCCUCUUUUCACCGUCGAAGAACAAAUCUCCGACGGUUCCUCUCCCAAUCCUCUCUGCGAUUUCUGUAGAUGCGUCGGUUGGGGUCAUCAUUAUGUAUCAAGGAGAAAAUAUCAUUUGAUAAUCCCGACGAGUGACGAAUGGAAGAAGCCAUUGACGAAACGUAGCUUAAAGGUUACUUCUCAUUUGAUGCAUGGUGUGAUUCACUGCAAUGGCUUUGGUCACUUGAUCUCCAUCAACGGUGGUGACGGAUCUGAUAAUAAUCUCUCCGGCGGCCAAAUCAUGAACCUUUGGGACCGUCUUUGCUCAACUCUUCACACAAGGAAGAUUUCAUUGGAUGAUAUAUCGAGGAAGGGGUCGAUGGAUCUGAGGCUGCUUCAUGGUGUUGCAUAUGGUCGACCAUGGUUUGGGAAAUGGGGUUAUAGCUUCUCUCAUGGAAGCUUUGGGGUCAGAGAAGAACGGUAUAGUCGAGCUAUUAACAUUCUUAGAUCUAUAGAAGUUGACCAGAUAAUGGAUGAUUUCUCUGGAACAAGAAAAGAGAGAGCGAUGAAGAUGAUGAUCGGUUUCUACAGAGAAGCCAGCGAAACUCCAUUGACCACACUCUCUGAUCUGCUUCGGUUCAUGCUCGCUUACAGUUCCAAAACCCCCGUUGAGAGAAAGACUGCAAUGGCACUAGUAGCAAUGUCUUUAGAUACUGUUCCAAUGAAUCCAGCAUUUGGAGAUGAUGAUGAAGUCACCGAGGAUGGCUCCUUUUGCUCAUCUCCUGAUCAGGAAUCGUAUCACAACGGGAAUGAAUCUGUCAGAGACACAACUGUCGUAAUUGAUGAUGAUACUAAUACAUUGGGUGACGUGAAACCACCUGUGUAUCCCUCGUUUGAUGCUUUGGCCAAGGGAGAACAAUCGAGAUACCCUGUGAGGAGGUUGAAAGACGCAGCACAAGCGGUUGUCAAAGUGAUUGGAGAUCGAAACAGCAUCAUCACUCGCCAAGAGCUUCGCGAGGCUGUUAGGAACAGCAUUGGUGAUACAGGGUUGAUUGAUUUCUUGCUCAAACACAUUGACAAAGUCCUUAUAGGAGACACAAUAGUUCAGAGGUUCACAAACCCUGAAUCACGUACGUUACAGUUCUCCCUCCGGAAAGUCGUUUCGCGUCCUCUAGAUCAAGUACCGAAAAGGAGAAAGAAAACGAAACCACGAGAGACCAGUGAACGGAGAUCUACCACUCCUGGACUGGAUCCUUAUGAUGACAUUUUAUAUCUUUAUCAGAAUCUCUUGUUAAGUUAUGCUGAUUCGGACAUAUACAGUGAUUUCUCUGAGGAUAUCUUGAACUGCAAGAGCUUUGUGAAAGAAUGGCCCUUACCGUCUUACCAGGAUCAGAACAGAUUAACAGUAAGCUGCCAAGUUCUGCCCAAUCAUCAAGAACUACUCGAAGACUUCACCCGGAAACUACCGCCUGGAGAAGUCGUGAUGGUUCCGAAAAACUCAACCAUCAGAGAACUGAAAUCUGCAGCGGAGAAAGCUCUGAGGGACACUUACUGCAUAAUGGAGAGUUUUGAAGCGUUGGAGAUCAAAAACAAUGAUCUUGAGAAGAUAGAUGAGACGGUUGGUCUAAAAUCGAAAGGUAAUGAGUUUGAGUUCCUGGUGACAGGGUUUGGACUGGACACAGUGACAGCGUUAAGGUAUGAAGCGGGUUUUGAUGACUGGACCGUUGACUGCAAAUGCGGAGCUAGAGACGAUGACGGUGAGAGAAUGGUGGCUUGUGAUGAUUGCAAGGUUUGGCACCACACAAAGUGCAAUUCCAUAGAAGACGAUGAAGCUGUUCCUUCGGUGUUUCUCUGUGACAGGUGUUUUGGAGUUCGCUUGAGAUCCAAGAAACGCUGUGUCGCCAUUCGCUAGACCUAACUUGCGCAACAAGUCAGAUGGAGCUCCUUUUUUUUCUUUCACUUAUUGUAAACUUACCCUCUCGAGGUCUCGACCGUACAUUUUAAUGGAAGCUUUUAAACCAUUGAUUAUUUUAGCCAUAAAUUGAUAUUUACUUUUUAUAAUUGAUAUUUACCUUU